AUGUAUAACGCCCUAGCUUUACCUGAACUACUUGAAAUUAUUUUUGCCUUUCUUAGUAGAAAAGAUCUUUAUAGGAGUUGCACCAGAGUAAAUCACCAAUGGAAUGCUGUAUCUAAGCUUAUUAUUCAGAAAAAAAGAAAAGCUGAGUUUAUUAGUAUUCCCAGCAUUCGUGAUAAUAUUAUUUUUCACCUAUAUGACAAUUGUAUUGAUUAUAGAGAAACUUUUCAUGAAUAUAUUAACUAUUUUAAAACUAGUUGGAUUGAACUGCUCAGACCAGAUUCCUUCUAG